UCCAUCUUGCCCUUCCUCUUUCACCAGCUGCAGAAUGCUGUGGUUUUCCUCUUGUGUGGCUUCAUCACACUUCCUCUUAGAAGACAGUUGUUUUCUCUGAGUGAAGUAGGCAUGGCAGAGAGGUACCUGUCUCCUGUUCCCAAAGACUGCUGUGCCACCCACAAUGAAAUCAUUGUUUUUCUUGUAUGGGGCCUUGGCUGCCUUGGCUGCUGUAAAAACAGACUUUGAAGAAGAAAUGAAGGUAGAUGCUGGAUCAGAUGUCCAAAUUCCUUGCAGCCUAAAAGGACCCCAAGUGACAUGGUUCUGGAUUCCACGUUAUCCCAUCUGUGCUGGCUUAAAGGGUGAUAAGGAGGAGAAGGCCAUUUUCACAGUGAUUUCUUCAGGCAUAAAAAGAGGGAGUGAGAGAUUUCAAAAUCGUUUGACAGUAGAGAACCAAAACCCAGACAACAUCUCCAUCAUCACCCUCAGAUUCCUCUACAUGAAUGACUCAGGUGUUUUCUACUGUUCUGCAGGCAAGGAAAAAUCACCACAGACCCAAGUCACUGUGAAUCCAGGCUAUCAAAAUGGGAUUUACCUUGUUGAAAACCAAAGGAAAUCGAAAAAAUGGCCUCAGGGAAUAAAAAUUACCUGCAACGUGUGUAUAAACAAGACCAGUGCCAAUAUCAAUAGAGAUGAUACCAUCAUCAGCUGGACACUAAAUGGCAAUUCUGUUCCUCAAGGACUCACUGAGAAGGAAUUAAGAGACACCAUAAUAAUCAAAAGACAUAACAGGCAAUAUUUUGGUCUCUGGAAAUGCAUCCGUCCUUCUUGCCUUACUCAGUUUGAUGGCUACUGUUUGGAAAAUGAUUCAGAAACUUCAAGGAGUGAUGCUGACGUGGAAACAACUACGGUAUCUACAACAGAUGUGACAGCGAGGGCCAACCACCAUGUGAUUGGUGGUAGUAUUGCUGGACUCCUCAUCCUCCUUUUGGUGUGUGUUAUCCUUUUCAUCAUUUGCAGAAGGCGUCAUUCACAUGAUGUCAGCCCCAGUGGAACAAGAGAGCCAGAGACACAGGAAAGCAAGGAACUUGCUGGGUCAGAAGGAUCUCCACAGAAGAGAGAUGGGAAGGAGCCCGGAACUGAAGACCAUACCUUCACAGAGGGAGCAGGGGAAGGUAUCCAGUACUCAACUCUAGAGUUCAAGGAGACUGGACAGCACCAAAUGAAGACAGACAGUGAGGUGUCUUCUGUCAUAUAUGCCCAAAUGCCCACCAGUUGUUGAUCCAAGAAAGUUUGCUCCCUUGUUUUGAUCAGGAUGGUGAUGGAGAGACUGUAAAUACAUUUUAGUCAAUAAAUUGACACAAAAAAACUUGCUUUACUUAUCCAUGGGUCAAUGCUGUACUUGAACUCUUAUCAAAAAAUGAACCAUCCCCUUCUUUGAGUAGAGUGGCGAAAGGUGAGAGCUUAGUCCAUCCUGAGAGCACCAAUAAGAAACACCAACCCUCUCUUCUUUCUCUGCUGCAUUUCCAAUUCUGACCUUUUUGAAUGCCUCGGCUGGAAAAUGGCAUUGGCAGCAGCUUUUUGGUGCUUCCCCUCAAAGGAAUGAUGAGAUGAAUCAGGCUUUGAAGGAUCUGAAUAAGACAUUUGUGUAUGUUUGGCCUGAGAUGGACGGGUGCAAAGCACCGAUCUUGGGCCAAAAUUAGGCUUCGGGAGCAUGCAAUGUCUGCACACUCCUGAACCCUAGGGCGUGGUGCCGGCACUGUCAUAGUGGCCUCCUGUCCAUGUGGGGGCUGCCAUGAUGACACAAGCGCAGCGCAGCAUAGCAUCUGCAUGUUGUGGCACCAGGCUUGCAUCAUCAA